AUGGUCAGAGUGUUGGGGGGCAGAGGGGUGUGUGGUCAGAGUGUUGGGGCAGAGGGGUGUAUGGUCAGAGUGUUGGGGCAGAGGGGUGUAUCAUGGUCAGAGUGUUGGGGGGGCAGAGGGGUGUGUGGUCAGAGUGUUGGGGCAGAGGGGUGUAUGGUCAGAGUGUUGGGGCAGAGGGGUGUAUGGUCAGAGUGUUGGGGCAGAGGGGUGUAUGGUCAGAGUGUUGGGGCAGAGGGGUGUAUGGUCAGAGUGUUGGGGCAGAGGGGUGUAUGGUCAGAGUGUUGGGGCAGAGGGGUGUAUGGUCAGAGUGUUUGGGCAGAGGGGUGUAUGGUCAGAGUGUUGGGGCAGAGGGGUGUAUGGUCAGAGUGUUGGGGGCAGAGGGGUGUAUGGUCAGAGUGUUGGGCAGAGGGGUGUAUGGUCAGAGUGUUUGGGGCAGAGGGGUGUGUGGUCAGAGUGUUUGGGGCAGAGGGGUGUAUGGUCAGAGUGUUUGGGGCAGAGGGGUGUAUGGUCAGAGUGUUGGGGCAGAGGGGUGUAUGGUCAGAGUGUUUGGGGCAGAGGGGUGUGUGGUCAGAGUGUUGGGGCAGAGGGGUGUAUGGUCAGAGUGUUGGGGCAGAGGGGUGUGUGGUCAGAGUGUUGGGGCAGAGGGGUGUGUGGGUCAGAGUGUUGGGGCAGAGGGGUGUAUGGUCAGAGUGUUGGGGCAGAGGGGUGUGUGGUCAGAGUGUUGGGGCAGAGGGGUGUAUGGUCAGAGUGUUUGGGGCAGAGGGGUGUGUGGUCAGAGUGUUGGGGCAGAGGGGUGUAUGGUCAGAGUGUUGGGGCAGAGGGGUGUAUGGUCAGAGUGUUGGGGCAGAGGGGUGUAUGGUCAGAGUGUUGGGGCAGAGGUGUGUGGUCAGAGUGUUGGGGCAGAGGGGUGUAUGGUCAGAGUGUUGGGGCAGAGGGGUGUGUGGUCAGAGUGUUGGGGCAGAGGGGUGUAUGGUCAGAGUGUUGGGGCAGAGGGGUGUGUGGUCAGAGUGUUGGGGCAGAGGGGUGUGUGGUCAGAGUGUUGGGGCAGAGGGGUGUGUGGUCAGAGUGUUGGGGCAGAGGGGUGUAGGUCAGAGUGUUUGGGGCAGAGGGGUGUGUGGUCAGAGUGUUGGGGCAGAGGGGUGUAUGGUCAGAGUGUUGGGGCAGAGGGGUGUAUGGUCAGAGUGUUGGGGCAGAGGGGUGUGUGAGAAUACCUGUGUGUUUGUGCUGACCCUGGAGGACAGCAGCCGUGACGCACAUAGACCCAGCUCCUUCACCCCCUCCCCCUCCCUCACCCCCCUGCAGCCCCGGGGGGGAGCCUCGCACGCACCUCUCACUGCUCUCUGUAUAUUCACUGCCCUCUUCCAAGGCCUCUCCUCCCUCCCUCUCUCCCCCUCCUCACCUCCCUCCCUCCCUCCUCCUCCCCCCCCUCACCUCCUCCCUCCCUCUCUCCCCCCUCCUCACCUCCUCCCUCCCUCUCUCCCCCCUCCUCACCUCCUCCCGCCGCUGUGGAGAAGCUCCCUCUCUCUCAGUGGGAGUCUUCUGUAA